AUGCGUAGCAACCCGGAUGAUCAGCAAGAAUGUCCGGGAGGUUUCUGUGUAGUGAAAGAGCUGUGCCCAAAUGGAAUGUACGUCGAAACAAAUGCACAGACUAGCGGUAUUAUUGUGCCUCGAAAUCGUGAAGAUAAUGUGUGCCGGGAUGAGAAAGUGUGCUGCCGAAAAGUAAGAAAAGUCCGAGCUAAUAUGCAAUGUCCCGGUGGUUAUUGCGUUGCUAAGCACCUAUGUCCUGACGGCACGUAUAUUGCUGAUCCUACACUAGCUCAGAAUAGUCAGCUCAUUGGUUUACGCACGCCAGUUGACAUUGAUGAUUCCGAUUCGUGCGCAGAUUAUUUACUAAAAUGCUGUAAUGAUCCAGCCACUUCAACAGAUAAUCCACUGGACAGUGGGGAAGAUUUUGAAAUACCUGCAUCUAGCAUUAAAUGCGGACAGUUCAACAAUGAUGGAUUGCACUACGAACUGCAUCAUAAUGACUCCUUGGCACAGUAUGCCGAAUUCCCUUGGGUGGCGUACAUAAUUACAGACGAUAAUCCAAAUGAAUCCGUAGCGAAAAGUGACUUCGUCUGUGGCGGUACUUUGAUUCAUCAGCGGUUUGUAGUUACAACUGCUCACAAUACGGAUGGCAAAUCGAACUUGAUCGCGCGCUUCGGCGAAUGGGACAUUAGCACCAUAAAUGAACCCUACCCGCAUCAGGACAUCAGCGUCACGGAAGUCAUCAAACAUCCCGACUAUGUGUACAACCCGAUACAGAACGAUAUUGCAUUGUUAUUGCUUGCGGAAAGCGUGCAAUACCAAAAGCAUAUUCAGCCUAUAUGUCUGCCGCAGCCUGCCGAUCAGUUUGCAGGCGAACGUUGCAUCUCCAACGGCUGGGGCAAGCAGCGUGGAGUGUACGCGAACGUGAUGAAGAAAAUAACACUUCCGGUUAUUGCCAACAACGAUUGUACUCGAAUGCUGCGAUUUGCUGGACUUGGACCGUUCUAUAAUCUUCGGAAAGGUUUCAUCUGUGCUGGUGGUGAAGUUGGCGUCGAUAUGUGCAAAGGUGACGGAGGAUCACCACUCGCGUGCCAAACCGACAGUGGAACGUUCGUGCUGGCUGGAAUUGUUUCGUGGGGUAUCGGAUGCGGAGGUCAUGAUGUACCUGGUGUUUACGUUGCUGUAAAUCAGUACGUAAAUUGGAUCAACGAAAUUUUCACACUCCAUAGCUUAGAAGUUGAUAUUAUUUUGUAA